UUUCUUCCUAUGUAGUUUAAUUGGAUCCUAUGUGUUCAGAUAGCACCUCUGUGCAAUCAGCUCCUCAAUCUCUCCUCCUGAUCCUUUUUUUUUUUUCCUGCAGUUCAAUCACACUUCUCUGCCUGUCUCUCAGAUGUGGCUUCCUGUCACCUCACUUAUACUUCCUGCCAUAUCCCUGAAAUACUUUCCAGCUAGAAUUUCCUCUGGAGCUGCAGUUUGGAUGCAUUAUUUGUUUUUAAUUUUCUGACCUAAGCUAGAGUGUAAUGUUGCUGGAUGCUCUGAAACAGCUUCUCUCUUCCACCUCCUGCAGUGGCUACUUUUCAGAAGCAGUUAGGGGUAAACUCUUUGUAUAGUCUGCAAAAUCCUUGGGGAUGAAAGACUCUGUAUCUUGGAUGAAAUUCAGCUGUCUCCCUGGAGAGAUUUUCCCUUAGAGCCCUUGGUCCUGAACCAGAUGAAGUGGGACUUUGUCCUAGUAUGUGAUAAACACAAGCCUGGCAGCAAGAAGGAUGCUAAGAGGAAGAAAUUCUUGGCAGAGUUGGAAAAGAAAGGAUUUAUCAUCAAGAAAAUCGAGGACAAGAAACUCUUCUAUGGGGUCCAUGCCCCAAGUGAAAUCUUCCAAAAAUACCAAUUUCUGCUGAGGAACCCAGACGGUGGGGUGCAGAAUCACCACACACAGGAGAAUGUGCCCACCACCACCAGGAUACGUAUCGUCAACUUUAUCCUGCAGAACACGGAAAUUUCUUGUGAGGCUCCCUUUGGCAGUGAACAGGAGCAGCGGCAGGGCAGCAACCCAGAGACGCUCCAAAAGCUGAUAAAGGCGAACGUCUUUGAGGCAGCAUUCCCGCUGCAUGAGAAAGGAGACCUGAGAAUAUUACUGAAGAGGAAUUGGGCCCAAUGGAGAAAGAUACUGAAGAAACAGCCAAUUGAGGCUAUCAGGAGUUAUUUUGGGGAGAAGGUGGCCCUGUAUUUUGCCUGGCUAGGCUGGUACACCCGCAUCCUAUUCCCAGCUGCUGUGCUGGGCCUGCUUGUCUUCCUGUAUGGGAGCUUUCAUUUUGAUUCCAGUCAGGUCAGCAAAGAGAUCUGUGAAGCCAACACCACCAUCAUGUGCCCACUCUGCGACCAGAAGUGCCCGUUCUGGCAACUGUCGGAUACUUGCACCUAUGCCAAGGUCACUCACCUGUUUGACAACGAGGGGACGAUUCUCUUUGCAGUGCUCAUGGCUCUCUGGGCUACCGUGUUCCUGGAGCUGUGGAAGAGGAAAAGGGCUGAGGUGGUCAGUGACUGGGAACUGUACCGGUGGGAUGAAGAUGAGGAGGAGCUGGCCUUGCAGCUGAUCAAUAACCCAGAGCAUACCCUCAAGGAGUACCGGCACUCUUAUAUCCGUAGCACUAUCCUGCUUUUCUUAGUCCUGCUUAUGAUCACCAUGCUCAUUGGCAUUGCCCACGCUCUCGUCAUCUACCGGGUGGUGGCGACUGUCCUCUUCACCCAAAGCAACUUCGAGUUCAUCCAAGAAUGGGCCAGCACCAUGGCGGUGAUGACGGGGGCCGUGCUGCAUUACAUCACCAUCAUUGUCAUGACCAAGGUGAACAGGCAUGUGGCGCUCUUUCUCUGUGACCUGGAGACUCCGAGGACGUUCUCAGAACGUGAGAACAUCUUCACUGUGAAAAUAUUCACCUUCCAGUUCUUCACCUACUUCUCCUCGCUGAUCUACAUCGCUUUCUUCCUGGGAAGGAUUAAUGGCCAUCCUGGGAACUACGUGCGCAUAGCUGGCAAGUGGAGGCUGGAGGAGUGCCACCCCAGUGGCUGCAUCACUGAUCUCUUUAUCCAGAUGGCCAUCAUAAUGACCCUCAAGCAGACCCUGAGUAACUUGGUGGAGUACCUCACCCCCUGGCUAAAAUUAAGGUUCCUAAAGUCGCUUGCCAACUCAAAGAACAAAGACAAAGUUCACAUGGAGAAAGGACCCCAGGACUCCUGCAAGGAGCAGUGGCUCAAGAACUACCAACUCAGCGAGGUCAAUGUCUUCAGUUUGUUCGACGAGUUCUUGGAAAUGAUGAUCCAGUACAGCUUCACCACCAUCUUUGUGGCUGCCUUCCCCCUCGCCCCGCUAAUGGCCUUCUUCAAUAACCUCUUUGAGAUCCGGCUGGAUGCCAUCAAGAUGGUGCAGCUGCAGAGGCGCAUAGUGCCUAGGAAAGCCAAAGACAUCGGCAUCUGGCUGCAGGUUCUGGAGGCCAUUGGUAUUUUGGCCGUCAUCGGCAACGGCCUGGUGAUCGCCAUCACCUCAGACUUCAUCCCCAUGCAGGUCUACAAAUACACCUACAGCCCGUGCAAGCUGCAGAACCGCACUGAUAUCAACUGUUUGACAGGUUACAUCAACAACAGCCUCUCGGUGUUCCGUGUCCAGGACUUUGAGUGGCAGAUGAAGCUGCCCGAAAAGCUUCCAGAUUUUAUGAGGAGUGAGAUCACAGAAUGCAGGUACCGGGAUUACAGGAACUCCGAUGACUACAACUACUCUGUCCAGUUCUGGCACGUUUUCGCAGCCCGGCUCGCCUUCCUUAUUUUAUUUGAGCACGUGGCUCUGUGCAGCAAGUUGAUUGCAGCCUGGUAUGUACCUGACAUCCCCCAAUGGGUUAAGAAUCAGCACCUGCAGAGAAAAUAUGAAAAUCUACAGGGAGAACUCAAUAACUCUGCUGAUGUCACUGGAACUACCUGGAUUGUUUCUGUAUCUUCCAGCAUAAUGGAUCGCUCUACAGAAGUGUAGCAAGUCACUGAGCACAUGGUAGGGGUCAGAAGCAGAGACUGCAGACCCAGUAUCCAGCAGGACAGUGGGCUUUGGAGGCACUAUACAAGCACCUCCCACAAACCUUGCAACUGCAGUUCAUUCUCUCCUAUUGUUUUGGACUUUGCCUCUUAACUGUGGGGGAAACAGUGCAAUCGUAAACUUGCAUGAGCAGAUCCUUUAGAAUCUCACUGUGGCAGGGAAGAAGAGGGAAUCUUUAAGAAAUGCUGCAUUUUAAAGAUGUCUCAGAGCUGGGGGGAAACCUUUGCAGUGUUGGCCAAAUAUAACAUUUUGUCUGAUUUUCAAAGAAGGCUAAAAAGGGUUAGGUUUUUUUUUUGCUAAAUUUGUCAUGCUUUUUCACCAUCAGGGGCAGACAUGAUUUUACCCCUGCACCCACUUCCCAUAUUGUUAAGAGGAAAUACCAUACAAGGCCUAAGUCCUAUGGGGAUGGGUGGAGUUACCCUGUCUGCUGUACCAACAUUGUCCCCAGUUUGGAGGGACAGUCUCUGUCCCAACUGACACUCUCCUUCCUAUCCUAUGUCUAAGACCUAUUUCUUGACUUAGAUGGAAUUGAUCUUGAGAAACCAGAUUCCUGAUCCCUGGUUCUUACUGUAUUGAUGUUUGACCUUGUGCAAAUUAACCUCUUGGUGCCUCAGUUGAUGUUAUGGGGCAGACACCUAUCUACCUCACCUGGAUGCUGUGCAGCUUAAAUAAUUAAUAUCUAAAGCACUUUGAGGUCUUGUCUACAUUGAGAAUUUGCCCUCAUUCCAUUACUCAGUGACCAGCCACUGCAAACUCCAAAUACGCACAAGGAAAUACUGUGUUUGGCAAGGGUGGAGUUCACCUCUGUUUCAAACAGCAGUUGGUUCCACUUUAGCAGAUUGAGGCUCUUCUCAGCUGUAUGUGGGACUUGCUCUGGCACAGCGAGUGACACCAAUUGCUGGCCAAUGUAAACCAGCCCUUGGAUCCUUUCAGAGAUCCUGUGUUAGCAUUUCAUUGAGUCAGGCCAGCUGAUGCUAAUCUACGGCAGGCAACCUGGCUUUAUCUUCAGUAGUUCAUUUUAAUCCUUCACUUGUCAUUAAACUGGGCUCUGCUGGCUGGGCUGGGGAGUAGAUUGCUUACUUUCUCUAUCCCCUUUGUAUUUCAUACGUCUCACCAGUACUCCUCCUUCCAGUGGAGACCCUCAGUGCUCCAGUACACCUCCAUUACCAAGAAAGCUGCUCUUCUCUCUUUUACUAAAGUGAUCACAGCAGCUGCCUAGCCAGGGGGAGGGAACGGGGGAGCAAUCUUAAAUAAAAGGCACCACCCGCUGCAGCACUUUUACUCACCCAGCGGUACUCUGGGUGUCUUUGGCGGCACUGAAGGUCCUGCCCCUGGGGUGCCACCGAUGAGCCGGAGCACUGCCGGGUGAGUAAAAGCACCGCAGCGGGAAAAUUUAAAAGGCGCCAAGACACUGACAAGGUGCCACUUGUGCUCAAUGCGGGAGUGGCCACUGCCGCUGCCCCGCUCCCUCCCUAGCUACACCACUGGAUCACAGGAGUUCCUCCUAGGUAAGGGUGCAGAGCAGGGCCUUACCCUAAAUCUCCUACAUCCCAAGCAAGUACCCUAACCACUGGACAGCAAUGGGGUAGGGUGGCUCCCUCUCUUAAACCCUGCACUUGUUGGCACUUCACUCCUGGCUAGUUUAGGCCACUCCCCACUAAGCUGGCUGGCUUCAGAAGAUCCCUUCCAUAGGCACCUAACUCUCCCCAUGCCCUUGUAUGGGGAGCCUGAGCACCUAGAUCAGGCUUAUGAUUCCACGAGGUGGCAGGCUGCCUGAGAGCUAGGCAUUACAAUGCUUAAGUAUCUUUGUGGAUCGGGGCCCUUGUCAGCCUUCAAUGAAGACUGACAGCUAGCAUUUGAAAAAAGUUAGUGUCAGAGUCACAGAGCUAAAGCUCAGUUGGAACAUGCCCAGUAGAGAACUCCUAAAUCUGCAAAUGCACAGGUAGAUCCCAGUACUGUAGUGAAUCCUGUGUGGGAAGAUCCCUUCGCACUAAGUGCCAGGGAAGGCUGGGGUCCACCGACUUGGAGCCUAUUAUAGGAUCGGGGCCUUUUAACGGGGCCAAGCUAAACCUAAGUGAGACAGACUUAAACUCCUGCAACAAAGUUUCAGGGGUUUAGCUAAAUUGGUUUAAUUCAUAUAUAAGGCUUGCCCACAUGCGGGGGUUUAAAAUCAUAUUAACGUUAGCUAGUGAGCACUCGAAUGACCUUCCUCACCCACACAUGCUGCAAUUCUUCCAAGUGGACUAACUGGCCCAGAAAUACUUAUUCUCCAAUCCACUUUGAAAGUUCCUUGCAUAUUGAGGUAGUGCAGACUAACGUUGACAUUCACACACGGCUCAUUUCACACUAAAUUGACAGUAUGCCAGCUUCUAUCCUACUGUACUUGCCAGGACCAGCCUGUCCGUUUACCUGGGUGCCCUCCACUGCUCUGGGGUCAUGUUGCUCAGAUGUCCCCUCCCUGUUCAAAUGCUGACAGGAGGCCAGGAACAUUCCAUUUGUUCCUGGAAUACAGCCCUCAAGCCUUCCAGCAGUGCUGUUACUGCCAUCUAAUGCCUUAUGCAGCAGCCUGGAAACAUGCAGAGAUCUUUGAUUGCCGUGCCAUCUGGGGAGAUGCAAGGGUACAGCAGCACUUUCAAAAAAAAAAAAAAAAAAAAAUCAUCAGAAUAACGCAGUCUAUGAAGACAUCUCUAAAUAGAUGGCCCCAAAGGGUCACAGUAGGACCCUAUUCAAUGACGCAGCAUGAGCAAAGCACUGAAAAGCCACUACAAGAAAAUGAGGGACAAAAGAUGGACCUCUAGCAAUGUGUGACCUGUCUUUAUUAUGAGACUUUUCUGCUGGGAUGCCAUUAUUGGUGCAAAUUCUGUAUUUAGACAAGUCUUCAAUGUGUAAUUUAAGGAUUUUCUUGUUUUCUUAAAUAAUUAAGCCAAUUAAAUGCAAAUCCAUUACCAGCCCUAUCACAUUAAGGCUGAGAACAAAGCACUCGGAGACAGGACGUUCCAGACAUUGAUUCUUGCUGUCGUCAUUCCUGUUUUCCUUGUUCAAUGUCAGCUCUAAAAAAGUAUGUAUUUACUCUAUGCCAGAAAGUAUACAGCCUGAGCACAGUGACUGAGUCUUGCAGUCAAAAAAAUCUUAGCUUUUCUAAGACCCUGAUUUGUGAAUUUUUGAUUUCAGCUUUGUGCUAAUGCUAGGUUCUACAUUAGUUAUUUACAUAUAAGUGACUAGAUUGUGAAACACGGCAGGGGAAUCGAGCCCUGAUUCAGCCUAGCAUGCAGGCACGUGUGUAACUUUAAUCAUGUGACUAAUCCACUGAAGUUCAAUGUGGCCACUCCAGGGGCACCCCCCCCCCAUUCGACUUCAGUGGACUAGUCACAUGCUUGGUUACACAUGUGCUUGUGUGCCAUGCUGAAUCAGGUCAUUAAUGCAGCCAUCACCAGACUGAUGUGGCAUUAAAAAUAUUUUCCUGGCCUCCCUUAUUUUGGAUGCCAGGUAUGUUGUAC